CCCAGCUCUCCAGCCUGUUCAGAUCGCGCUGGAUGGCGGCACAGCCCUCUGGGGUGUCAGCCAGUCCUCCUAAUUUGGUAUCAUCAGCAAUCUUGCUGAGAAUACAGCCUUUCAUCCCUCAGCUUUUCUACUGACAUGAGGCACGUGGGACAGAGCACCCUCUUGGUCAGUUUUGGGUCACCUCUUUGAUGUUGAAAGGGGUGGAGGUCCUUUCCAAAGGGAAAACACACGUGCCAGCCACAACAGGCAAAACCAAUUGCAGGGCUGAUCUGCAGGUCUUGCAGUGAUUGUGCAGGAGUCAGAAGAGCAUGGAAAUUUGCAUGUGACUCUCCGAGCUGGCAUCUGAAGUGUUUCAAAGGCAAUGCCAUCUUUGCUUCAUGAUUAACAAUGGCAAUCACUGCCCUAAGUAACUACACUCCCAGCUUCCAGGAGGUCUGGUAACCCGCUCAGGGGAUGUUGUUUAUCUAGACUUUCGUAAAGCCUUUGUCACCAUUUCCCACAGCAUUAUCCUGGAGAAACUGGCUGCUUAUGGCCUGGAUGGGUGCAUGCUUCACUGGAUAAAAAAGCAUGGAGAGGGCCAGACCCAGAGAGUACUGGUGAAUGGAGUCCGUUGGAGGCCAGUCACAAGUGGUGACAAAUUUCUCCAUCAAGAGAGCUCUCAAGCGUUGGAAGAGGCUGAGGCUGCCCAGCGAAGUAAUGGCAUCACCGUCCCUGGAGGGAUUGGAAUGAUGGGUAGAUGUGGUGCUUAGCAACUUGGUUUAGUGGUGGUUUUGGCAGUGUUUGGUUGAUGGUUGGACUGGAGGUCAAGUAGGCGAGAGCCAUGGUCUUAGUGGGGAGAGCCCCCCAGUGCCCCUCCCCCACCACGGCCCCCCUGGCCAGUCUUGACAUCACAAUGGUGAACCCAGCGCUGGCCUGGCAACCUCCCCAGGGCCCUGCAGGGACAGUGCUGUGCCAGCACCGAGCGAGCGUCACUGGCAGAGCCCAGCUCUUGCCCAGCGUCCUUGUGAGAGUGGUUUUUGGCACCGCGACCCCCCUUGGCAGCCUUGCGUGGGCCAGCUGGGCACUGUCAUCAGCCCCACAGCUGUGUCCCGCGUGAGGCCGUUGAGAUGGGACAGGUCAACUGCUGCCAGGGCUCCAGGGACGACCCUGAGCCCGUGGCAGCACCACCCGAGCCGCUGCACCGGCAGCGCGUGAAGGUGACCGAGGGCCGGCGGAGCAGGAAGAGGGAGCUGCUCCUCUACAGGGACACCUUGGUCAUCGCCAAGGCCAAACGUGGCAGCGCCCCGCGCCCGCAGCUCUGCCUGGCCCUGGCCAUGCUGCAGGUGCUCUGCAGCGGGAAGGGGGCAGCUGGCGAUGCCACCACGGAGGAGAAGGGCAAGGACGCCAAGUCCCUUGUCCUGCUCUGGCCCUGCGGCUCCUGCGUGGUCACCUUCUGCUCCCGGGUGGUGAAGGAGCUCUGGCUCAGCGCCCUCCUUGGGCCACCAGCAGGAGUGGAGGGAGCCCGCGUCACCCAGGUGCCCUCCAUCAAGCUCCUGCGGAAGGAGCUGAGGCGCCGCAAUGCCGCCACCACACUCCACGCCAGCAGCCUGGAGAGGCUGGUCGAGCGGCAGGCAGAGGCUGGUGCCAAGCAGCGGCCAGCUCCCGUCUCCUCUGCCAGCCAAGGCGGACCUGGCCACACAGCUGCAGGUGGGACCGGCAGCAGGAGGAGCUUUCUUCCCUGGCCAUUUGGCCGGCGAGGGAACUCGGCCGCUGCAGCAGCGCCCGGGCCGUCGGGCUCUGGCAGCAGCGGGGUUCUCUUUGGCCGGCCCCUGGCAGCUCUCUGCAGCCAGGAUGGCACCCCUCCCCAGCCCAUCCAGGACCUGCUGGCUCUUCUGCACCAGCACGGGCCAUCCACGGAGGGGAUCUUCCGGCUGGCGGCCGGCGAGCAGGCCUCCCGGCAGCUCAGGGAGGCCCUGGACUCCGGAGCGGAGGUCCACCUGGAAAGCCAGCCUGCGCACUUGCUGGCCGUCAUCUUGAAGGGUGGCCAGCAAGUUGCCCCAAAGCAACCUCCUGCUCCUCAAGCAGUUGCUGUCCUUGCUGAAAGCCAUCAGCAGCAACGUGGGCACCAGCAGGAUGAGUGCUGCCAACCUGGCCAUCUGUGUGGGGCCAAACCUGCUCAGCCCACCUGAGGAGCAGACCCUCCCCCUCGACGUCCUAGUGAAGGUGACGCAGAAGGUCACGCAGCUGGUCGAGUUCCUCAUUGAACACCACGAGGAACUCUUGGAGGGGG